CCACUUUAUUCUGGAUGUUUUCACUUUUGGGGCAUCCUGUUCUGAGUCAAGAUUCCUCCUUCUGAACAUGGGACUUUCCAGAAGGACCACAGCUCCUCCUGUGCAUCCACUCGGCCUGGGAGGUUCUGGAUUUUGGUUGUCGAGGGAGUUUGCCUGCCUCUCCAGAGAAGGAUGGUCAUGAGGCCCCUGUGGAGUCUGCUUCUCUGGGAAGCCCUACUUCCCAUUACAGUUACUGGUGCCCAAGUGCUGAGCAAAGUCGGGGGCUCGGUGCUGCUGGUGGCAGCGCGUCCACCUGGCUUCCAAGUCCGUGAGGCUAUCUGGCGAUCUCUCUGGCCUUCGGAAGAGCUCCUGGCCACAUUUUUCCGAGGCUCCCUGGAGACUCUGUACCACUCCCGCUUUCUGGGCCGAGCCCAGCUACACAGCAACCUCAGCCUGGAGCUCGGGCCACUGGAGUCUGGAGACAGCGGCAACUUCUCCGUGUUGAUGGUGGACACAAGGGGCCAGCCCUGGACCCAGACCCUCCAGCUCAAGGUGUACGAUGCAGUACCCAGGCCCGUGGUACAAGUGUUCAUUGCUGUAGGAGAGGAUGCUCAGCCCUCCAAGACCUGCCAGGUUUUCUUGUCCUGUUGGGCCCCCAACAUCAGCAAAAUAACCUAUAGCUGGCGACGGGAGACAACCAUGGACUUUGGUAUGGAGCCACACAGCCUCUUCACAGACGGACAGGUGCUGAGCGUUUCCCUGGGACCAGGAGACAGAGAUGUGGCCUAUUCCUGCAUUGUCUCCAACCCUGUCAGCUGGGACUUGGCCACAGUCACGCCCUGGGACAGCUGUCAUCAUGAGGCAGCACCAGGGAAGGCCUCCUACAAAGAUGUGCUGCUGGUGGUGGUGCCUGUCUCGCUUCUCCUGAUGCUGGUUACUUUCUUCUCUGCCUGGCACUGGGGACCCUGCUCAGGGAAAAAGAAAAAGGAUGUCCGUGCUGACAGAGUGGGUCCAGAGACAGAGAACCCCCUUGUGCAGGAUCUGCCAUAAAGGACAAUAUGAACUGAUGCCUGGACUAUCAGUAAUCCCACUGCACAGGCACACGAUGCUCUGGGACAUAACUGAUGCCUGGAAAUCACCAUGGUCCUCAUACCU